AUGAAAUUGCUGAUGAUGAAGCCACACUCACACUGAUGAUUUCUAGGGUUUUCGUGGUUUAACAAAGCACAUCUCUUUCAAAAAUCACCAAUUGUUGCUUCAAUGCACGAUGCAUUUCAUCUUAACAUAGUGUAUAGAUUAAAUUACACUAUAAAUCACUCGUGAUCUUCGUGAAAUUGUGAUCGCAUUCUGUCUCUAGCUCUUCGAAUCAUCUCCUUUCAGUUCCAGUAGAAACCCUAGCGUUUGCGAGCUUAGGGUUUUUGAAAACCCUAAUUUGACCCUACUUUUUAGGGUUUUUGCUUUUGUACGUCUGCUUUGUCACGCAAUCGCACGAUGGCGAGGAAGAAGAGAAUGUCGAAACGAGAAGUUGAAGCUGAUGAGAGGGUAGAGGCUGAAGAUGUUGACGAUGAAGAUCUCGAUGAGUUUGAGGAGGACGGUUUUAUAGUGAAUGAUCUUGAUGACGAUGAAGAUGACACGACAGUCGUCAAGAAUGGGAGUCGAAAGAAGAAGAAGAGAGGAUCAAAGCAGCAUUUUGCUCUUGAUGAAGAUGAUUAUGAUCUACUUGAAGAAAACACUGGCCUUCGUCGCCCGAAACAGGAAAGUGGGAAAUUCAAUCGGUUGAAGAAAGCAAGGACUAAUGCUGACGAAGGACCAUCGGUGUUUCUUGACGAUUUAUUCGGGGUGGAUGAUGAUCUCUCUUUAGACGAAAGUGACGAAGAUGAUGAAAUGGCUGACUUCAUCGUGGAUGACGUUGAAGAAGAUAAACAUGGUGGCUCAUCGAGGCCUAAUGAUUGCAAGAAAAAAUCGAAACAGCCAGCAGAAGCUUCUUCUCGUGACAUAUUUGGUGAUCUUGAUGACCUUUGCAACUUGGGACCCACAAAGGUUAGCAAAUUUGAUGAAACCAGUGAAUCAAAGGACGCGAAAGUUGAAGAUGAGUUUGAACCAAUCAUUAAUUCAGAGAAAUACAUGACAAAGAAAGAUGAUCAUAUUAAGAAGACAGAUGCUCCUGAAAGAAUGCAGAUAUCUGAAGAAAUCACUGGACCUCGACCAACAGAUGGUAUGAGCAUAGACAGAGAGAGUAACUGGAUUCUUAAUCAACUUAAAAUGGCCAAAGGAGGUGGUAAUACACCUGAAGAAGGAAAUGAAGUUGAGUUAUCUAUACUUAAGGAAGAUGUUAAAAGGUUCUUGAAGCUUGUUCACGUUGAAAAAUUAGAUGUGCCAUUUAUUGCUAUAUAUAGGAAGGAGGAAUGCCAUAGCUUGUUUAAGGAUCAAGAAACUGAUUUGGAGAAUCAAUAUUCUUCCGAUGAAAAACCCACACUGAGAUGGCAUAAGGUAAUUUGGAAUAUCUUGGAUUUGGACAGAAAGUGGUCACUCUUUCAAAAACGGAAAAGUGCUCUACAGUUGUACUACAAUAAGCGGUUUGAUGAAGACAGAAACAUUUACGAUGAAACUCGUCUUCAUUUGGAUCAGAAGUUUUUCGAGUCAAUUAUCAAAUUCUUAAACAUGGCUGAAACAGAACGGGAAAUCGAUGACGUGGAUGCUAAAUUCAACCUUCAUUUUCCGCCUGGUGAAGUUGAUGUGGAUGAAGGGGAAUUCAAGAGGCCAAAGAGAAAAUCACAGUAUAACAUUUGCAGUGAAGCUGGACUACGAGAAGUUGCUAUCAAGUUUGGCUAUAGCUCUGAGGAAUUCGGAUUACUGAUUUCUCUUGAACAAAUGAGAGAUGAACCGCAGAAUGCUGAUGAAGCCCCUGAAGAUGUGGCAUCGAGGUUUACAUGCCCGAUGUUUGAUAACCCGCAAGCUGUACUUGCAGGUGCUAGGCACAUGGCUUCGGUUGAAAUUAGCAGUGAGCCAUUGGUCAGAAAGCAUGUUCGUGACUUCUUUAUGGAAAAUGCAACAAUUUCAACAAGUCCCACUGCCGAAGGGAAGCUAGCCAUUGAUUCUCAUCAUCAAUUUGCGGGAAUCAGAUGGUUAAAGGACAAACCACUGACAAAGUUUGAUGACGCACAAUGGCUUCUUAUUCAAAAAGCCGAGCUUGAUAAUCUUGUCCAAGUUUCUUUAAAGCUUUCGACAACUUCCCAUGAUAAGUUAAUUAGUGAUGCUAAUGACUAUUACCUCAGUAAUGGCACUAGUGAAUCUGUUAUGUUAUGGAAUGAACAACGGAAGCAGAUUAUAAAAGACGCAUUUGAUGGUUUUCUUCUACCUUGUAUGGAGAAAGAAGCAAGAUCCUUGUUAACAAGUAGAGCAAAAAGUUGGUUACAAAUGGAAUACGGAAGAUUAUUACGUGACAAAGUGUCGGUUGCACCGUACCUGAAGAAGGGUUUUGAUUCACCUAGGGUUAUGGCAUGCUGUUGGGGCCCGGGUAGGCCCGCAACAACUUUUGUGAUGUUGGAUGCUUUUGGGGAAGUUGUUGAUGUGUUGACUGCUGGUUCUUUGAGUAUACGUGGUCAAAGUGUUAACGAUCAGCAACGCAAGAAAAAUGAUCAACAACGAAUAUUGAAAUUCAUGUCGGAUCAUAAACCUAAUGUUGUGGUUUUAGGAGCUGUGAGUGUGCCUUGUAGCCGGUUGAAGGAAGACAUAUAUGAGAUAGUUUGUAAGAUGGAUGGCAAUGACGUGGAUGGUCUAAGUGUUGUCUAUGGUGACGAGUCUUUGCCCCGCUUGUAUGAAAAUUCACAAAUAUCAUCCGAGCAGCUUCAUUCUCGAACUGGAAUCGUCAAGCGGGCUGUUGCUCUUGGACGUUAUCUUCAAAACCCGUUAGCAACGGCUGCAACUCUUUGCGGGCCCAGGAAGGAGAUAUUACUCUGGAAACUUAGUCCUUUACAGAGCUUUCUUACAUCUGAUGAGAAGUAUAACAUGGUUGAACAAGUAAUGGUAGAUAUCACGAACCAAGUGGGCCUGGAUGUAAAUUUGGCUAUAAGUCAUGAAUGGUUAUUCGCUCCUCUGCAGUUCAUUUCUGGUCUAGGGCCCAUAAAAGCUGCUUCUUUACAAAGAUCUUUAGUGAGAUCCGGCUCUAUAUAUUCGAGAAAGGACUUACUGAACCAUAAUCUUGGUAGAAAAGUGUUUAUAAAUGUUGUUGGUUUCUUACGCGUUCGGCGAAGUGGGAAUGCUUCUAGUAGUAGUCAGUUGAUUGAUUUGUUAGAUGAUACUAGGAUCCACCCAGAAUCAUAUUCUAUUGCACAAGAGUUAGCUAAAGAUAUAUAUCGUGCUGACGUAAACGAUGAUGUCAUAAUUGACGAUGAUGAUGAUAUAACUGAUGUGGCUCUGGUUCACUUGAGAGAAAAUCCUAGCUUAUUAAAGAGUCUGGAGGUUGAAACAUAUGCCAAGUCUAAGAAACUGGAAAACAAAAAAGACACGAUUGCCCUUAUAAAGCUGGAAUUGAUGCACGGUUUCCAAGAUUGUCGAAGAGAGUAUGUGGAACCGAGUCAAGAUGAAGAGUUUUCCAUGAUCUCUGGGGAGACGGAUAAUUCACUUUCUGAAGGGAGGAUUGUGCGGGUUACGGUUCGUCGGGUGCUACCUCAGAGGGCAAUCUGUAGUCUUGAAUCGGGGUUGAGCGGGAUGUUAUAUAAAGAAGAUUUAAGUGAUGACUGUAAUGACGACGAUGAGCUGACUGAGAAGUUAAAGGAAGGUCAAAUUUUGACUUGUAAAAUUAAGUCAAUUGUGAAAGAUAGGUACCAGGUUACUCUUAGCUGCAAGGAAAGUCAUAUGAAGAGUAACUGGUCUUCCGAGAUUGAUAAACCCGUGGAUCCUUAUUACCAUGAGGUUCGGGAAACUGUAGGGACUGGAAAUGAAAAGCUUAUUAAAGUCAAGGAGAUAUCAAAGAAACUUUUUAAGCCAAGAACUAUUGUUCAUCCUCACUUCAAGAAUGUUACAAUUGAUGAUGCAAUAGAGUUGCUUUCUGGGAAAGAAUCUGGUGCGAGUAUCCUCCGUCCUAGUUCUCGUGGACCCUCGUAUUUAACGUUGACGCUUAAAGUUUACAAUGGAGUGUAUGCUCACAAGGACAUUCUAGAAGGUGACAAAGAUCAGAAGGAUAUUACAAGUUUGCUUCGUCUUGGGAAGACUUUAAAAAUUGGAGAUGAUGUAUUUUCGGAUCUUGACGCGGUGAUUACUGGAUAUGUGAAUCCAUUGGUGGCUAAUCUGAAAAAAAUGUUGGGUUACAGAAUGUUUAAGCAUGGGACAAAAGCCGAAGUUGAUGAGAGCUUAAGAAAGGAGAAAUCCGAACACCCGAUGAGAAUUGUUUAUUCUUUUGGUGUAUCUCAUGAACACCCAGGAGCGUUUAUCUUAACAUACAUAAGGACUUCAAAUGCACGUCAUGAGUAUAUUGGAUUGUAUCCGAAAGGGUUCAGAUUCCGAAAGCAGAUGUUUGAGGAAAUCGAUAGAUUAGUUGCUUAUUUCCAGAAACACAUCGAUGAUCCCCGUGAACCGAUUCGCCCUGUUUCAACUGGUGGUUGGGGUGGCUCUGAUGAUCAAGAUGGUGGUGGGCGUGGGCGGGGAAGAGGGCGUGGGCGGGGAAGAGGAAGAGGGCGUGGGCGGGGAAGAGGUGAUUCUGAAAAUGAUAAUCAGGAUUCGGGUUUUGGAGGUGGUGGAGAUGCUGGCGGUUGGGGCGGUGGUUCAAGUGGCGGAGGUGGCGGAUGGAGUGGUGGUGAUAGUGGCGGUUGGAGUGCUGGGGCAAGUAGUGGAGGUGGUAGCAGUUGGGGGCAGAAGAACGACGAUGCUUCUGGUUCAGGUGAGGCCAAGGUGGAUGCAGAUAGUGGUGGGUGGGGUGGCGGAAAUAAGAGUACUGAAGCAGGUGGUGGCGGUUGGGGGCAAAAGAAAAAUGAUGAUGCUUCUGAUUCGAAGGUGGAUGCGGAUGGUGGUGGGUGGGGUGGCGGAAAGAAGAGUACUGAAACAGGGGGGAGUGGUGGAUGGUCUGGUGGUGGCGGUGGUGGUUGGGGGCAAAAGAAUAACAAUGAUGCUGGUGAUACGAAGGUGGAUGCAGAUAGUAGUGGGUGGGGUAGUGGAAAGAAGAGUACUGAAGCUGGAGGAAGUGGUGGAUGGUCUGGCAGUGGCGGUUGGGGGCAAAAGAAUAACGAUGAUGCUUCUGUUUCGAAGGCGGAUGGAGAUAGUGGUGGGUGGGGCAGUGGAAAGAAGAGUACUGAAGCUGGGGGGAGUGGUGGAUGGUCUGGCGGUGGUGGUGGCGGUUGGGGGCAAAAAACUAAUGAUGAUGCAUCUGGUUCGAAGGUGGAUGUAGAUAGUGGUGGGUGGGGUGGUGGAAAGAAGAGUACUGAAGCAGGGGGGAGUGGUGGAUGGUCUGGUGGUGGCGGUUGGGGGCAGAAGAAUAGUGGUGCUUUCGGUUCAGGUGAUGCCAACACGGAAACAGAUAAUGGUGGGUGGGGCAGCAAGAAGAGUAAUGAAGCAGGUGGAAGUGGUGGUUGGGGUGGUUCCGACAAUCAAGAUGGUGGUGGUCGUGGCCGAGGCAGAGGAAGGGGGAGAGGUAGAGGACGUGGGCGAGGAACUGAUUCUGACAAUGAUAAUCAGGGUUCGGGUUACGGAGGCGGUGGUGGCAGUUGGGGUGGUGGCGGUGGAUGGAGCAGUGGUGGGGGUGGCGGUGAUGGUGGUGGGGGUUGGGGUGGUUCAGACAAUCAAGAUGGUGGUGGCCGUGGAAGAGGAAGGGGGAGAGGUAGAGGGCGUGGAAGGGGAAACGAUUCUGAUAAUGAUAAUCAGGGUUCGGGUUACGGAGGUGGUGGUGGUGGUUGGGGUGGCGGCGGCGGUGACAGUGGUGGGGGUAGCCGCGGUGGCGGUUGGAGUGGUGGUGGGGGUUGGGGUGGUUCAGACAAUCAAGAUGGUGGUGGCCGUGGCCGAGGGAGAGGAAGGGGGCGAGGUAGAGGACGGGCAAAUGAUUCUGACAAUGAUAAUCAGGAUUCAGGUUACGGAGGCGGCAGUGGCGGUUGGAGUGGUGGUGGUGGCGGUUGGAGUAGUGGUGGCAAUGGCAGCGAUGGUGGUGGCGGUUGGAGCGGUGGUAGGGGUGGCCGCGGUGGCCGUGGUGGCCGUGGUGGAGGUGACCGCAGUGAUGGUGGUGGCAGCAGCUGGGGUGGAGGCGGUGGAGGUGGCAGUUGGGGGCAGAAGAAUACCGAUGCUUCUGGUUCAGGUGAUGCUAACAUGGAUGCAGGUAGUGGGUGGGGCAGCAAGAAAAGUAAUGAAGCAGGAGGAAGUGGAUGGUCUGGUGGUGGUGGUGCAAGUGGCGGAGGUGGUGGAAGUUGGGGGCAGAAGAAUACCAAUGCUUCUGGUUCAGGUGAUGCUAACAUGGAUGCAGGUAGCGGGUGGGGCAGCAAGAAAAGUAAUGAAGCAGGAGGAAGUGGAUGGUCUGGUGGUGGUGCAAGUGGCGGAGGUGGUGGAAGUUGGGGGAAGAAUACUGAAGCGGGAGGAAAUGAAGGUGGUGGCGGUUGGGGACAGCUGAAUAGCGGAACUUCUGGUUCUGGCGGUGCUGACAAAGAUGCUGCUAAUAGUGGGUGGGGAGGAGGCGGCAGCAGCAGCGGUGGUGGUUGGGGGCAGAAGGACAAGGAUGGUAAUAGUGGAUGGGGUGGCAGCAAGAAAAGCUCUGGUGGUUGGUGAUGGUAAAUUGGUAAUAAAGUAAUGAUGAAAUAUCCUUUUAUAUUUGUUGUUUUGAGCCAUCUAUGACUUUUAGGAUGUAUGUUUAUUUUGGACCCUGUUUGCAUGUCUUCUUCUAUGCAAGACUUAACUCUUUAAAAUUUUCAACCUAAUAUUUAUCAACAAACAAUUAUAUCAAGAAUUUAUGUA